UACUUUUGGUCUCUGCUCCGUUCUCCUCCUCUCUCGCGCUCCGGAGGGAGAGAGAGGACCAUAAAGCGACUAACGGCGCUGACAGCGCGUGCGGCCUCCGGUGUGCGCACGCGCUCCCCUCCACCGACGUCGAGCCAGAUGCGCGCGGAUACCCGACUCUCACCGUUUUCCAGGCACCGCUUUCUCAGAAUUCAUCCCUUUAUCACGAAUCCUCGCGUCUGAUCAGCCGAGCUACGACACAGCCACCGAGGCGCGCGCGGUUUGUUUUGUUGUUGGAAGCUGAAUGACGGGCGGCCGGUUCGACUUCGACGAUGGCGGAACGUACUGCGGAGGCUGGGCGGACGGCAAAGCCCACGGGCACGGCGUCUGCACCGGCCCCAAGGGCCAGGGCGAGUACUCGGGUUCGUGGCGCAACGGCUUCGAGGCGGUCGGCGUUUACACGUGGCCCAGCGGCAACACGUACCAGGGCCACUGGGCGCAGGGCAAGCGGCACGGACUCGGUGUGGAGGCCAAGGGCCGGUGGCUUUACCGGGGAGAGUGGAGCCACGGGCUGAAGGGGCGCUACGGCGUGCGCCAGAGUCUCAACACCUCCGCCAGGUACGAGGGCACGUGGAGUAACGGGCUGCAGGACGGCUACGGAGUCGAGACCUACGGGGACGGGGGUACGUUUCAGGGCCAGUGGAUGGGCGGGAUGCGUCACGGUUACGGCGUGAGACAGAGCGUGCCGUAUGGCAUGGCUGCCGUGAUCCGCUCGCCGCUGCGCACCUCCCUCGCCUCCCUGCGCAGCGAACAGAGCAACGGUUCCGUCCUGAACGAGCGCUCCUCGGACAGUCCGGCGGGGACACGCGGGGGCUUCGUCCUCAAUGUCCACAGCGACGGCGAGCUCAGCUCAGGCAGGAAGAAAGGUCUGUUCCGGCGUGGCUCACUGUUCGGCAGCCUGAGGCAGCUGAGGAAGUCGGACUCACGUUCUUCCAUCUCGAGUAAGCGUAGCUCGGCACGCAGCGACGCCGCCAUGAGCCACAUCAGCUCUAGCGACGCCAACUCCACGCUCAGCUUCGGAGAGGACGAGGACAACGCUCCGACCGAGGACAACGUUGAUGCAACCACCACCGAGUCGUACACGGGAGAGUGGAAGAACGACAAGCGCAGCGGCUUCGGCAUCAGCGAGCGCUCCAACGGCAUGAAGUACGAGGGCGAGUGGGCCAACAACAAACGCCACGGCUACGGCUGCACCGUGUUUCCCGACGGCUCCCGCGAGGAGGGCAAGUACAAGAACAACGUGCUUGUGAGGGGCAUCAAGAAGCAGCUCAUUCCGCUGAAGAACGCCAAGACCAAACAGAAGGUGGAGCGUGCUGUUGAAGGCGCAAUCAGAGCGGCCGCCAUCGCCAGGACGAAAGUGGAGAUCGCCACCUCCAGAACGGCCCACGCCAGAGCUAAAGCAGAGGCUGCAGACCAGGCAGCGCUCGCAGCAUGCCAGGAUUCAGACGUGGCUCGUACCGUGGCCCGAGAGCUUUCGCCCUCCUUCCGUCAGCCAGGCCCUGAUUACAUCAAGCAAAAGUUCUCCAGCGAACCGAUAGAGAUUAAAGAAGUCAUCGAAGAGAAAAAAGAGAAAACUCCUUCAGGAAGCCCUCAUUUCUAUCGCAAGGGCACUACGCCCCCCCAAACGCCCACCCACAGCCCGGGUCCGACUCCUCCUCCCUCACCCCCACCCAGCAAAAAGAAAUCCUUCUUCAACCGAAGCGCAUCAAAACCUACCAAAGAGAGCGUAGUGGAGAGCCUAGCGGCCAGCGUCGUCCCCAAAACCGCCCCCAGGGUGCCGGCCAAACAGGAAGUGAAGCAAGAACAGGUGUCUUCUUCUUCUCUUGCGUCCUAUAAGCCCUUGGCGCCGGUCGCCAACUCCUCAAGUCCCGGAAACGGCGCGGUCCAUUCGCAGUACCACAGCUACUUCGUGAAGGCGGAAGUGUCCAUCCCACCCGAGGAGCCGGAGGAGGAGGAGGAGGAAAAGCAAGAAAAUCAGACUGCCCUCGUCAGGGCGACACCCCCUGUCAAGCAAUAUCGUACACCUACACCCUCCCUGCCUCCCGCCAAGCUCGCCACGACCAGAGAUGUCAAGCCAGAGCCCAAGCUGAAAAAACAAGAUUCUCUGAAGCCAAAGAGUCUAUCAGAAACCAAGAAAGCAAGCAUGGAGAUAACCACGGACGUGGUUGAGGAAGAAUCAGGUCCUAACUCAAUACUGGUGGCAUUAGUGAUGCUGAUUAAUAUCGGGCUAGCCAUUAUUUUUGUCCACUUCUUGACUUGAUGCAUCAUCAAACUCAGGUUCAUUUAUGCUGCAUCUGGAGCAGCUUUUGGUCAUCCGUGGCUUUCUAAACAACUUAGCAAGCCAAGCUCUUCUGACAUGUAAUUGUGGUCCUCUGAUUGUUUCGCCUUUUCAGCGAGUUCUUCAGGACGUGCGGCGUAGGCCCCGUAAUUCUCUGCGGUUGUAUGGACGGCCUUUACAACACGCCGCUCAGACUCAGACACAGGCAAAGGACGACUGGAAUUAAGAGCGAAAAAAUGGUGGAGUGAAAAAAACGCAGAGUCCCGUAGCCGAGCCCAAGCAGGUCCCCCGCCACCCGCCCCCAACCUCCAGCCCCGCCCCAUCCUGACCGUGAUUUACGACUCGCUUGGGCUCUGUGAAAGCUGAAGCAAGCACAGUCGUUGGUAAAAGGGGGUGGGGGGGAUAAAAAUAAAAAAAUGUGCUGAGCCAAGCCGUACCCAGUGUGAAGUGCAUGGACGGCCUGUUGGAGUGUGUGUGUGUGUGUGUGUGUGUGUGUGUGUGUGUGUGUGUGUGUGUGUCGGUGAGGAGGGGAUAACUGGAUACGUUUGGCGAUGCACUUUUAAUUGACAGAAGCGAACAGCUGCCUUACAAUUUUACCCUCUGACGUUGUCGGGGGUUGGGGGGGGGGGGGUGUAUGUGUGUGUGUGUGCACGCAGUGGGAGGUGAGAGUGUGUGUGUGUGUGUGUGUGUGUGUAUGUGUAUGUGUCUUCCUUCUGAUCUAAACACCGUGCCCAUUUAAAAAAAAAAAAAAAAAGAGGCACUCGCCAGUCUUAUUGCAUUACCCGUCUCUGAAGCCUUGUGGAACACCACCUGCUCGUGUUUUUAGGAGAUUAGAGAAUGCCACGCCAGGGUGUGGUACAAAUUUAACAACUAUGUCUUCAGCGUGUUUCUGUGUGUGUGUGUAUUUCCUUUUUUUUUUUUUACUUUAAAUUGAAUAAUAAUUGUGUAUAUUUUUGUCCCCUUGCUCCGUGACCGCACGUCGGUCGGAUAACGAGCGAUGUUCUAGUUGUGGCGUGAUUAGCCGACACUUCGAGGUGAAUCUUUUUUUUUAAUCGGUUCACGUGGAAAUGAUCACGUGGACGUGAGCAGCUGUGGUGUUGAAGCUCUGUUUGUAAAAUUAGAAAGGGAUCGCUCUGAUACGCGGGUGUUGUAAAAUAGCUAUAGGAUAUUAUGCAUGGUGUUUGUUGGUUUUAUUUAUUUAGUAAUUAUUUAUUUCUUUUGGGUUAAUAGCUGGUUAUUGCACUGGAUUUUUGCACAUGUAGUGGUCCGAGCCGGCGCGGGUUCAGACGUUCUUCCCUCAUCACCCCCGUACGCCCUGAACCGUGGUGUUGAAUGAAUUCAGGAUGAGCAAGCGAAUGUAGUCAGAUGCCUUAAAGGACUUUUUAAACAGUGUUAGAGUUUACCUCGGGAAUAAAAAGUAGUGAUUUUGGAAUUUUGUCUUAAUUAAUUGGAGGUUUUAUUGAGAUAUAUUAUUAAUCUGUAGUCUAUUUAUUUAUGUGGUGGUGCAUGAAGCUGUGGUUUUAUUUUACACUAAACUGUACAUGGCACUUUUGUGUCUGUAUUUGAAUAAAAAACAUGUUUAAAAAAUAUAUAUUUUAUAUACAUAAUAUGAAUAUAUUUAGUCAGUUGUUCUAAAUGAUAUUGUUAUAUCCAGCACAUGUUUGUUUUUUUUUUUGUUUUUUUUUGGCGGACUUUCUCGUGUGCACGGUAUAAUUUGAAGGUAGAUUAUUUUUAGACACAUUAUUUAAAAGUAGGCAUGCGGCGAUAAUCAGUGAUACGAUAUACCGCGACAUUCAUCACUUGCAGUAUUAUUAGCGUGAACACACACACAUACAGUUUGGAGAUUUUUUCCCCCCUCUGCAAAAUCCUGUUUUUUUUCUUCAUCAGAUCGAUUUCUGUCCAGCGAUCUUCUUCUCAAUCAUCAUGAUAUAAAAUUGUAAUAUCGUCACAUGCCUAUUUAGAAAUGUGGUUUUGCGUUAUAGAGUGUGUGUGUACAGUAUGCGCGGGUGUUUGUGCGUGAGUGUGUGUAUGUGUAUGUGUGUGUGAGUGUGUGUGUUCGUAUAUAUUUUUGGAGCAUUUACAGAGUUUUGUUCGGAUUGUAAAAGCAUGUGAUCAGGAAAGAAGGAAUGAAGGAAGGAAAGAGAAGAGAAUCGAAUGAAAAUAUAGAGCUUUUCUUUUCUUUUAACUUUUGAUAUUUAACAUUUUUUAAUUUAUAUGCAGUGGCUGUGUAGAUGGCUGUGUUCUGUUGUUUUUAAUAUUUUUAUUUAAUCCCAAACGGAAGCAAAAAAAAAAAAACCACACAAUUAGGUCUAAAAUAAGAUCCUAAAUCACUUCAGUAUAUACUUCAUAUUUUUACGCAUUUAUACAAAGUUCAGCGAAAUUUGUCCGUAUUUUUCUAAAACAAUGAAGCGUCUAUGUUUUAAUGAAAAAAUUAUAUGACUGUAUUUGCAUUUAAUAAUAACGAGUCUUCGGAUAUAUAUUUUAAAGUUUUCCUUUUGAAGAAACAUCGAUGAACAUUUUGGUAUUGACGGUCCCAUUUUUGUUUUUUUUUUUGGAAAUUGUUUAAGUUAAAGUAUGUUACAAUAAAAAAUUGUAAAUUUUUAUGUA